AAUUGUUACCAUUUCCCCAUUUUUAUUGGACUCAGAUCCACUGAUCUGCGCGAGGGUUCUUUGUAAUUUAUGUGAAAAAUUGAAUCUUUUGCCUUCCGCUCCCUUCCUUUUUGUUGCUUUUCUUGUGGGUCAGGAUAAAUAUCACAAAAUUUCUUUGAUAUUUUCAUUAACUUAAGAUCGCCCUAACGCCUCUUUGUUUGUCAUCUCGGAAGGAAUUGGAUCUAUGGAAUCCUCCAAGGAGACUGGCUGCCAAGCUCGAGAAGGCCCAAUUCUUUGCAUCAACAACUGCGGUUUCUUCGGCAGUGCUGCUACGAUGAAUAUGUGCUCCAAGUGCCAUAAAGACAUGGUCUUGAAACAGCAGCAGGCCCAGUUUGCCGCCGCAUCCAUCGAGAACAUGGUCAAUGGCAGCAGCUCAAGCAGCAAUCUGAUCGAGCCUCUUACUGCUGAUGUGGUGAACGUGAAGGCUAAGCCAGUUGUAUUAAAAACUGACUCUCCUCAACUGACCCCUGAUCUGGCAUCAAGCCAGAGCUCAGAGCCUAAGCCAAAGGAGGGGCCAAACAGGUGCACCACUUGCCGCAAGCGCGUGGGAUUGACUGGAUUCAGCUGUAGGUGUGGGGACCUUUUCUGCUCGGUCCAUCGCUACUCAGACAAACAUGAGUGCCCGUUCGACUACCGGUCGGCUGCUCAGGACGCCAUAGCAAAGGCGAACCCGCUCGUUAAAGCUGAUAAGCUGGACAAGAUCUAAAAGGUCACUGGGCCCUAGUAUGAUAAUUUGCUAUCUUUAAAAUGUCGAUGGUUCGUCUAUGCCGAUUGUGCUGUGUCUCUAGACUUGUGUUGGGUGGUGUAGGGAGAAAAGAAGGGAAGGGGAGGGUUGAUGGUGAUUGUGGGUUGUUGCUUAUUCUAGAGUCGUGCUUCAAUUGGCUAGGGUUACUUUGGUUUGGUUGCAGUGUGCAAGUUGUUAUUUGCUCUUCUUUGUUGAAUAACAUUAUUGUGGAAUUUGUAAGUUGCCCAUCUUUUUCA